UAACUCCAUUAAUCCUUUAAUAUUUUUUCCAUAAAAUCCCAUCAUUUAAACUUCAAAAUCAAACUAUCUUUCUGAAAAUCUAAACCAUCUUUUCUUCGAUUGAGUUGAUUAACCAUGAGCGGAACAGAGUCUCUCGUGCCUGCUUCCUCAUCUGGAGAAUCCCAGGAGGAAGCCAAGAAAUGGGGGACCCACGUGAUGGGAGCGCCUGCGGCCCCCACCGUGCACCUCGACAACCAGAAGGCGGCGCUGUGGAACGCCGGCGACCACCACCAGCCGUACGUGCAGUACGCGCCGGUGGAGAAGCCGACGACCAACCCCCUUGAGCCAGUCAUCGACCUCUUCAACUCAUGGAGCGCCAAGGCAGAGAACAUCGCCCGCAACAUCUGGCACAACCUGAAAUCUGGACCGUCGGUUACGGAGGCUGCUUGGGGAAAGGUGAAUCUGACGGCGAAAGCAAUAACAAAAGGGGGAUUUGAGUCGUUGUUCAAGCAGAUAUUUGAAAGCAGUGAUCCGAAUGAGAAGCUGAAGAAGACUUUUGCUUGUUACCUUUCCACUGCUACAGGCCCUGUCGCCGGAACUCUCUACUUAUCCACCGCUCGACUUGCUUUUUGCAGUGAUCGACCUCUCUACUUCACUGCUCCUUCUGGACAAGGAGCUUGGAGCUACUACAAGGUUCUGAUACCACUAGGGAAUAUAGCGACGGUGAAUCCAGUGACAAGGACAGAAAAUCCACCAGAGAAGUAUAUCCAGAUUGUUACCUCGGAUGGGCAUGAGUUCUGGUUCAUGGGAUUUGUUAGUUUCGAGAAAGCGUCUCAUCACCUUCUAAACGCUGUAUCAGAUUUCAAAGCAGGCCAUGGGAAUAACGUUGCCGCGCAAUCAAUCAAUCUCUAGAACUACUCUUCAUGAUAUCUUUCGAGUUUUAGAUAUAUGUAUUGAUCAUGUAUAGAAGACACGAUUUUAAGUGGUGUUUUGUAUUUAUUGUUGUAAAAAAAGUUUGUAAUUUUCCCUUCUCCUUUUCUAUGUAAUGUCUCUUGCGAUUUUGUA